AUGUCUGCGAUCAAUGCUAUCGCCGCAAGCUCAGCUGUUCUCGUGGGAAGCCUGCGUGCGAGAGAUGCCAACAGUCUGGCCAGCAAUGCACGUACAGUAUCAGCAGGCCUGUUGGGCGCCCGAAACGAUCAGAGUCCGAUGAGAGUCGUCAGCAUAGGCGUACUGCCAUGCGCUAGCGACCAGUCCGGCCAGAAAGAAGAGACAAGACACAAAAACCCAGGAAUCCAAAUGCAGAACGAUUCGAACCGUUCCGAAACUGCGUUGUUUCACUCGAAUCUAGAUACAGGACUGCAAUCCCUAAGCUAUGGGUCACAAGCCGAUCAGGCUUACCAAAACCACCUAAGUCGUUCUGGAGAAGACACCACGAGUGGCCGAGCAGAGCGCCACGGCCAGACGUCAGCACAGCCAAACAACGCUCAGGGUAUCUCAGAGCCGAUAGUCACGACCAGCUUCGACUGUGGCGUACUACCACCCCUGUCGCCCGCGUUGGACGAAGAAUUUCUAGAUCUGAGUUUCCCUAGCCAGGAACGCCUCUACAUCGAUCUAGAACCUCAGCACUCUAACUCAACCGGCAGUAGCAGCGAUGAAAAGUGUAAUUGCCUUUCGUACAUCAUGCAAUUCUUGAACAGAAACCGAGAAGGAAACAAUACGAGGCGCGAUCCCAUGAACAGGAUCCACUUACUCAACGAAUCUGCUGAGCAAUUUCUCAUGUGUGAAAGUAACCAUAGUAAGCUAUGGUACAUCAUCGUGUUGGCUCUCUACCAAGAUGCAGACGAUAGUCUAAGCUUACCAGAAGAGCUGCGAGAGACGAUAGGUGCACAAUCUGAAGCAAAGCAAUCCCACGGUGACAAAAAAUCAACCUUGAACAUGCACCUUAAGAAUAGGAACAUCUUACUCAAGACGUUCAUUCUGCUAUCAUCAACAGCAUCUGCUCUACCUUUCAAGUUUGGGAUCGAUGGUGAUGACAAGUUCAGUCCUGAGAUUAUGGAAGCCUUCGCUGAGUUGGUUCGGGACAGAUUUGAAAAUCGGCUGUUAGAGCAAGCGGACGAAGCAAGGCUGUGUAAAUAG